AUGUGGCAGGCGUUCCUGGUAGACCACUCUUUAAAUGCUACGUCACUACUGUAUCUUGCUCCUUUUCAUCUGACCUGGGCCUUCCCCUUCCAUCUCCCAAAUUGUUUCAAUGUUUUAGCUACGAUACCAACGCGGCAAUCGAACAUCAUGCUGGCCAAUACAGUCGCGGACGUCUCCGAGGAUCGAGGGCUGACGCUGUGGGCCUGCAUUACCACUUUUGCCAUACUUUCCUUCUUAGCUGUGUUUGGACGGUUUUCAGCAAGACGCCUCAAGGCUGCGCCUUUGGCCAACGGACUUGGAAAGCAUCGGGCAGUCGUCUCCGAAGCCCAGUUGUCUCAGUUCUACUAUCUUUUGUAUUACUUCCAAAUCUGCUACGUUGUCGCACCGCCAACGGUUAAGUUGUCGCUCUUAUUCCUGUACAAACGUAUAUUUCCGUCUCGUCGCUUUCAUCUGGUGGUACACACGAUGGCUCUGCUGGUCGCCAUGUGGGGUAUAACCUCCACAUUCAUCAGCAUCUUCAACUGCACACCAGUCAGCGCCUUCUGGACACGCAAAGGAUCGUGCUUGGAUUUCAAAAAAUUCGGCAUUGGAUACGCCAUCGUCAACAUCACCACUGACUUUGCAGUUUGGCUGAUGCCCAUGCCAAGUGUGUGGUCUAUACAGCUACCGACCUCGCAGAAGAUCGCGCUAUGUCUAAUCUUUCUUCUGGGACUAUUUGAUUGUGCUGCGGCACUCACAAGACUUGUCACUUCGAUGCUAGUCCUUGACGAAAAGGAUGUUACGUGGUUCUACUCUACUGGAUUCAUGUGGUCCGUCGUCGAGGUCUCCACCAGUAUACUGUGUACUUGCCUCCCAACGAUGCGCAUUCUAUUACAGCAUAUGUGGACAAAGAGGGUUCGUCCGUCCAACAGCCACGAUGCCUCCGACAGUCGUGUCCUGUCUGGACGCCAUGACAAAGCUGGCUGGCCGCUGAGACUGAGUUCCGGCGGAGGGAUAAGCUAUGACAGGACCCACAGCAUGGGACACGAAGACUGCUCUGCAUCAAAUGACCGCUGUUUCGAGGUCCCUUCGUCACGCGGAAGCGACUUUGAACUCAAUCCUGUGGGGCAUGUCUAG